AUGAGCGGAAAAGGAAAAGGAAAGGGUGGCCGUGGCGACAAGAAGCAAGCCCAGAGUUCUUCCAGCAAGGCCGGUCUUCAGUUUCCCGUCGGUCGUAUCGGUCGUUACUUGCGUCAAGGCAAAUAUGCCACUCGAAUGGGAGCCGGAGCCCCCGUGUACCUCGCUGCUGUUCUUGAAUACUUGUGCGCCGAAAUUUUGGAGUUGGCAGGCAAUGCCGCUCGUGACAACAAGAAGAGCCGUAUCAUUCCUCGGCACAUCACCCUUGCCGUCAAGAACGAUGAAGAGUUGAACAAGCUGCUUGGAAACGUCACUAUUGCUAGCGGUGGAGUGUUGCCCAAUAUCCACGCCGUUCUAUUGCCAAAGAAGACCAAGCCCGGCAAGGGAGGACAAAGCCAGGAUUAUUAG